AUGUCUGCGAUAAUUGCGUCUUCACGAAAGCUUCCGUCAACCAAGACAAGAUACAUAGCAGCUCGUUUCACGCAAGAAUAUUUUGAACCAGCAGGAACUACUUCCAGAAAUUUCAUUCUAGGCGGAAACAAUGUAAUUACCUCUCCCAUAUACGGUGUUGAUUCGAAACGAAUGGUACGAAGUCCAGACAUAGUUAGAGGCAAGGUGUAUUCCGCCAACUCUCAACAGAAUUGGCUGCUGAAUGAUGCUGGAUCGUUGGAUGAAACCGUAGAAUCUGCGAAUGCCUACUUGACGGCUGCCGUAGUCUUCGACAAUAAACCCCUUGAGGCUGGUCAGGUCUAUUGCGCACUGGUGCUGGCUUGUACAUUCCAAGCCAAUGGAUCAACAACGGAUAGUUUCGAAACUUGCACAAGGUCACAAUGGUCAAUUCCAUUCGCUACCGAUCCAUAUCUUCCAGCUCUGCUUGAUUUGAGACCUCCACCUGGUCAGAUCCCAACACCUCCGGGCUCUCCCGGCGACCCACCCUUGAUUUUCGGAUCCACUGAUCUCUACACUGUUUCAAUUGUUGCGGUUAUUCUUGGAGCCGCAGUGGUUACUACAAUAUGCACUGUGCUUGUUUGUAUUUUCAGACGACGAAGAAAGCCAAAGCUGUUGACGAGACCUGUCAAUUUGGAUCAGAGUUUGAAACAGCCCCUAAUGAAUGUAGCUGACGGAGUAUCGUCGUCUCAAGCGCCUGCAGGAGCGUUCUAUAAUUGCGGGCCUGCCAUCACAGGUACAAUAUGCGCAAACAACGGAGCGUUGUCCAUGUCACCCCCUGGAUACACUCAACUUGUUGGAAUGCCGCCGACUGGUGUGACAUAUCACAACGGCACUCAGGACCCGUCCGUUUCAACGCACAUCAACAGUUUUCCACGGAGCAGUUAUCCAUAUUGCUCCGAUUCUUCCUCUGGUCUUUCUGGGGGUGUAGGAAGUGGAAGUCGACCUCCAAUGACAGCUCUUUUUCCCUCAGUGAGUGAAGACAAUAAGGGCGAUCUAAUGGAUGGGAGCAGCGUCUCCUUCAGUGUUUAUCCAACGUCGCCGCGUAUCAACGGUGGUUUUUCAAGACUUGGCGCCAUCGGACCCUACAACUCCUUCAAUCGACAGAUGCUAGCCUCAAAGAUAGCCACCCUUAAUGAAGGACCUACGAGAGGACUGUUCACAAAUGAAGCUGCUACUACUGAGGAUGCAAAUAGUGUUGAACUACAGCAUCUGUUCUACGGAAAUGACAAUCAUUCUCAGAGACCUAUUCCAGCAGCCUACUUGGCAGAGCACAUCGUAAAACUCAGUGCUGAUGAUAAUCGACUUUUCUCCCAGGAAUACGAGUCCAUUGAUCCAGGUCACCAAUUCACGUGGGAGAAUUCUAACCUUGAAGUAAACAAGUCAAAGAAUCGUUACGCCAACGUCGUAGCCUACGACCACUCUAGGGUCAUAUUAAGAUCUAUCGAUGGAAUCCCUGGCUCUGAUUACAUCAAUGCAAAUUAUAUCGAUGGUUACAAGAAACCAAACUGUUAUAUUGCCACACAAAUUCAUCAUGAAAUGAAAGCCAUGGUUUAUAGUACACUUCGCAAUAACGAUUCCAGUUAA